GAUUGAAGAGGUGGCUUGCCUGUGUUGUGAAGCUUACUGGUAAGGAAGAAGCACAAAUGCUCUGCCUAGAGUUUCCCCUUUAUGUCUUUUACCCCAGAAUUGAAGGAGAGAGGUUCAGAGUGGUAAAUGGUCAGCUAUAAGAGGCCUCAGCUGGAGUAAGUCCUAUUCCAAUGAGAUGUGCUUCUUCAGCUGGCCUCUUUAGGUGGUGCCUAGAGGCUUUCCUUGUGAUGGCAGGUCCUGAGGGUGUUUUGCAAAAAGUCUUAAAACUAAAAGAAUGGCUGAGCCAUACUCAAGACCCCCCAAAGGUUAUGAAAGCUCUUAAAAGACUUCAGGUUUUGGAAAUAAGCCUGGAUACCCUAUUGGAAACAGGAGUUGGGAAAAUAGUCAACAGUUUCAGGAAACAUCACACUGUUGGCAAUCUAGCUAAGUCUCUGAUAUGCCAUUGGAAAAAACUUGUUCCUCAAGGUCAUUCAAGUGAAUCUCCCAAAAGAAAAGGUAUCAAAGGAAAAGAAUCCUCAACAAAAAUUAAAAGGAAUUGGAGCCUGAAGGAAAACAAGCAUUUGGAAAAGUCUCAGAUCUCCACAUUAAGCAGCAAAACCCUUCCUUCAUCUGUCAAGCAGAAAAAACUCCAUCAAGUAAAAGAUAAGCAAAGAAAUGAAGAUUCUGGUGGCUUUCUCAGUCACCCAAGUGAACAGCAAAGCAAUAAUAUUUGUCAGAACGCUCCUGGAGGCCUAGAAAUGAACAGUUCCAAGCACAUCGAUAAAGAACUUAAAGAGAGACACAGAUCUUCAGAAAGGCACAGUUCUUCUAAAACUAUCAACAAAAAUUCCAAAAAAAGCCAUUCCUGUCCGGACAAAAGAAAAGACUCUUUAUCUCUAAAAGCAGAAAAAUAUGGUAAGGCCAAGCCAACAGACACUGGAUUGGAAGGAGCACUGAAACUUAAUUCACGGGCUAAAAGCCCUAGUGAUGAAGACUUUGAGCCUCCCACCAUGUCUUUUGAAUCAUACCUUAAUUAUGACCUAGUUUCAAGCAGAAAAAAGAGGAAGGCUUGCCCUGCAAGCAAGCAAGUUGUGAACAGUAACUGUGUCUCUCAGAAAAGUGUGGCUUUGGCCUCUGAUGGAAUGGAGGAGGAGGCAUUACGAUCGGACGAUCUCUUAGAAACUCCCACUAAAAAGGCCAAGACAUCUCUGCAAGACUUGCUGAAUACACCACUGCCUAAACUUUUGCCAGAGAUAUCUUUAUCUUCUCCUCCCUAUGUUACAGAGUUUAAAGCUCCACCAGCAGUAGCAGUACCUCAGCAAAGAUGUGAUGCAGUUCAGUUCACAGGACGGAGACUGAAUUCCAAAAUGCAGGUGUACUCUGGCUCCAAAACAGUCUACCUUUCAAAAAUGCUAACACUCUAUGAACAGUGCAUCCGUGUACUUCAGAACAAUAUUGAUUCACUACAUGAAGUAGAUGGAGUCCCCUUUGAAAUUCUUGAGCCUGUACUGACCCAUUGUACAUCAGAACAGUUGUUUCGAAUAGAAGACUACAAUCCAACAUUUAUAGAACAGUCUGACCAUUUAUGGAAGAAACACUGUCAAAGGGACUUUAGAAAUGAACAGCCCAUGGAAUAUGAAUCAUGGCGUGAAAUGCACCUGAGGGUCUUCAAUGAAAGAGAAGAGAAACUGAAGUCUCUCACCAGAAGCAUUCUUUCAGCUCAGUCUGAAAAUCCUAAAGGCCGCCAAGUUAAAAUGGCCUUUGUGCAUUGCGUGGCAAAGCCACCCAAAAAUGUUCAACGUCAGCAAGAAAUCUACAGAACAGUAGGCUCUGUUCAGUCUGAGACAAAACAUCCAGAAAAUGGAAAAAGCAGUGACAUUUCUCCAAGCUCCAACAAAGGCAGCAGGGCAGCAUCUACUGUUUCUUUUCUUUAUGCAACUGGAACAAACCAAGAUGGAAAAAAGGCUUCCAAAAAAAUUGCUCCAAUGAUGAGAAAAUCUCUGAGAGCCUUCAAAAGUAGAGGUGAGCCACCAUAAAUGAAGUCUUUGGACCCACAACCAAGGUCUUUAUGCUAUAUAAGUGAAUAUUACUAUAUGUUGGUUCAAUGGAGAUAUGAAUGGUGCUUGUACAUAUUGUUACAACACUUAUAGAAUAGUCCUUAAAACUUUAUUGAAAAUAUCAGCUUCUGUUACAGUUAUAUUUAAAAUUCUGAGGAUACUUUUGAGUUGUGUUGUAUUAUUCCUUAAAACUGUCUGUUUUGGGCUGCUUAAUGAGAUAUGUACAGCUUGGGCUUUUGUUGAAUUUACCUCAUGUGAUGCUCAGUGCCUUCACUGAAUGUAAUGCAAAAAAUAAAACAGAACUUGUGAGACAAGCA